AUGCCUCUGAUCUCGGCUCGUGUUCCUGAGGAAAAUCAGCUGAAGGCUGUUUCACAGUUGGAUGAAUCGAAAUCAUGGGAUUCAAAUAUCUAUGAAGUGCUUCUCUCUGCCGCCUCUUCCGAAAGAUCGGUACCUUUUCCUAUCGAAGGUGGUUCUGACUCCGGACUUUUUUGUACCGUCGGUGGUGCCGUUAAUCCAGGUCAACUAAUCUACCAUCCAAUUAUAUCCUCCUCUUCCAUUUCUUCCAAAAGGACACCCUCGAUUCUCCGACCUGGAGAUGUGAUUCUAGAAAUUGGAGAAUACCAAAUCUCUGGAUUUACACGUCUGGACGCUAUUAGACUCUGUGAAGCCCUCUUCCAUGCUAAUUCAAGUGCGGAGCGACCUCGCAUUCUCCUAAAGCUGAUCUCACCCUCUGCACUUCCUACCGGAUGUGCACAACUUAAUCGUUUUCUUUCGGCUCAAUUUCAAAUUGGGACACCCGAAUUUCUCUUACAGGAGGUUAUCCGGAACAAUAUUUAUCAGCGUGUUGUUCCAUGUAGGUGCUUCCCAAAAUAUGGUGAAGUUCGCCAGAAUACGAUGUUCUACUGUCCAGUGCAUUCGUUCGUUUCAGGUACAACACGAGAACCGAGACCAGAAGAGAAGGAUGGCGUGGACUAUCAAUUUCUUGGAGUAGAGCGUUUUUUGGCUUUGGAGAAGUCUGGUCAGCUUCUUGAAAGUGGGAUGUACAAAGGUGCAGAUCAAUUCUCAGAUGUCCAUUUACCAGCUUUACCAUUCUUCAUUCUUUUACUCAAUCAUGGGAACCACUAUGGUACUCCACGACCAGAUCCAAAUGCUACGGCUCUUCACGUGGAAACGAGACUGAAGGACGAUGGCUGCGGCGAUCACCCCGCCUCGGAAUCCAGUGAGGAGCGUUCCGCCACUUCUCUGGAGCUGACCUGUGCGGCGGAGAAUUCGCUGGGACAACAACAACAGCGAGAUCUGAGUUCUAUAGUACUGCCAAACGGCUGGGAGGUGAUUGACCAUCCAGAAUACGGACUAUUCUACGUGGACCACAUCCAUCAGAAGACGCAGUACGAGCCUCCUACAGAGGCGGAUUUUGAAGAGGCAGCACGUCUUCAUGCGGCGAGCAGUUCCACCCCUUCUAUCACUUCCUCCGACAAUAUCAGUAGCAUCAGUAAAAAUGAGCAUCAGAAGCACCACACUUCGUCCUCCGAAACUUCUGACAAAUUUACCGAUGAUUCCGCGCAGGUUCGGGGUCCCUUGGUCACAGCGGUCCUAGUUAAGGGAUCCAAGGGCUUUGGGUUUACAAUUAUUGGAGGGUCCAGUCCCGGUAAACCCGGAUUUCUACAGGUGCGUGGUAUCUUUGACCGCCUGUCUUGCAUCCGGUGUAAGAGCCUGGUUCAAUGUUACUUGAUUCAGGUGAAGAACGUGAUACCAGGUGGACCGGCAGCACAAGAGGGUACUCUGGCAGUGGGUAAUGUUCUCGUUUCUGCAAACGGCAUCAAUGUCCUUGGCUUCUCCCACGACCAAAUUGUGGCUCUCUUCCAAUCAAUCCCCGUCGGUGGUACUGUUACUCUCACCGUCAGUCAGGGCUAUUCUCUCAUUGGUGUCGAAAUGAAGAAGUCACAGCAUCAAACCUCGACAGCAAGGAGUAAGCCGAUAGUAGGGGAGCGAAGUGUGCCAUUCGCACCUCCAGAACUAUGCAUCCGGCGUCUAAACACCUCUCCCACAAUCAGCCAAUUAUCAGGCGAAGCGGAGGAUGAAACAACCUCAGCGACAGCAUUAAGAUCAGGGGCAGGUGCUGGAACGGUGGUGACAGCGUCGGUGGCGGUGACGAAACAGGCAAACGGUUUUGGUUUUACCUUAGCCGAUCAAGUGGGAGGGCAGCGCGUUAAGGAAGUCCUUGAACCUAAGGGUCUCCGUGUUGGUGACGUCAUCCUCGAGGUCAAUGGCAAGUGGGUCAAAGAUGCCUCCCAUUUAGAGGUCGUUCAACUUCUGAAAACUUGUCCCAUUGGGAAGACGAGUAACUUCCUCAUCCAAAGAGGUAUCUGCCAUUAA